AUGUUUGAGGAUGUAAAGUCAGAAUCUAUCGAAAGCAAUCAAAAGGUAAUAAAUAAUAAAAUUAGAGAUUGAUGAACUGAAUGUAGAACUAUAAUAAUAUUUGAGAAAGAUAAUAACAAAUUUAGGUGAAAAUUUUCUUUAUCUACAUGAUAUUAGUAAACCAUAAUACUCUUAAGAAAUUAUAUAAUCUUUACUUCUAUUAGAAUAACAUAAAAUAAAACUUAAUUGUAAGAAUUUGUCAAAUGAUAUUUCAAAAUAGUUUAAAUUGUUAAAAUCUGAAUCAAUUCUUACAAAUGAAGUGAUUGAUUGUCAAACUGAUAAAAUUUUAGAAAUGAUUUAAAAAUAAUCAUAGCUUGAAUAAUAAAAUAACGAACUAUUAAUUAAGUUGAUCAACAAGCAAGAUGAAAACUCAAAAAAAUUAACAGAUUUACAAAUAGAUUGGUUAGGAUAAAAUAGUAACAUAUAUUGCUCAAACAUACAUUCAUUAAGAAAAUCUGAAAUCGAAAAGGUCAACUUAAAAAUAUCAUUUUCAUCUUACAAUUCACCUGAAAGUAGAGGUGUUAGAUGGCAUAGUAUGAAUAAUCAUUUACUGUCAAAUAUCAAAUUAACUCAUGUAUCUGGGACUCAUAACGAUAAGAACAAUAAUUUAAAGAAAGUUAAUAAAAUGAACCCACUUUUUUGA